AUGGCCACUCUAGAAUCUGGACUCACAGUCUUGGGAUCUUUCCGCUUUGCGUCGUCCCUCGAGUUUAUCUCCAUCGACUCCAGCAGGAGGCUCUGCUUCGAAUUAUGCUCUGCGCUGCAAGAGGCGGUAACAGAAGAAAACCCAGGGCAAACCCAGGAAAACAACAUAAAAAAGAAGCUCUACGUGUUUAAUCUACCAUGGUCGCUAUCGGUGGUGGACAUCAAGAACCUCUUUGGUCAAUGCGGAACUGUAACCGAUGUCGAGAUAAUAAAAAACAAAGAUGGCAAGAGCAGAGGAUUUGCCUUCGUCACUAUGGCUUCCGGGGAAGAGGCGCAGACUGCAAUUGAUAAAUUUGACUCUCAUGAAUUGUCUGGCAGGAUAAUAAGGGUAGAGCUUGCAAAGAGAUUCAAGAAACCUCCUCCUCCACGCCCUCCUAAAAGUCCCCCUGCCGGCGAAACAAGCCAUAAAAUUUAUGCGUCGAAUCUUGCCUGGAAAGCAAGAUCUAGCCAUCUCAGAGCAUUCUUUGCAGAGAAUUUCAAGUCACCGGUUUCAGCCAGGGUUGUCUUUGACAGCCCUAAUGGAAGAUCUGCUGGGUAUGGAUUUGUUUCUUUUUCUACAAGAGAUGAAGCAGAGGCUGCCAUUUCUACUCUAGAUGGGAAGGAAUUAAUGGGGCGACCACUUCGCCUAAAAUUCAGUGAAAGGACUGUCAAAGAAUCUGGGGAUGAGAAAGGGGAGGACCAAGGUUCUGAUGAUCAAGCGGCAGAACCAGAGAAAGUAGAAGAGCAAGGUUCUGAUGGUGAACUGGCAGAAUCAUAGGUUUUCUUUUCUUUUUUUUUUUUCCUUCUCAAUUAUCUGAGACUUUGACCAUGCUCCGUGGACUGCGAUGUGGGGAGCUGGAUUU